AUGAGCAAUUCCUCUCAGCUGACUCAAAAUGUUUGUCUCACCCGGAAGAUGGAGCUCCCGAAGGCCUUUUCUGACCUAUGGACAUGCCUAUCUGCCUUCCUCAACAUGCUAUCACGCAGCCUUUCCACAGCAUCCCUGCUCAGCAACUACUGGUUUGUGGGCAUACAGAAGGUGCCCAAGCCCCUGUGCGGGAAAGGUCUGCCAGCCAAGUGCUUUGAUGUGCCAGUGCGCUUGGAUGGGAGCAGCACAAAUGUAUCAUCUCUGGAGGUGGUGCAGUACAGCUGGGAGACUGGGGAUGACCGCUCCACCUCCCAUGCCUUCGGGAGUGGCAUGUGGCUCUCCUAUGAGGAAAUCGUGCAAGACCCAGGGGAGAGGUGCCGAAGUUUCCUUGAACUCACACCACCAACCGAGAGAGAGAUCCUACGGCUAUCACUGGGAGUCCGAUUCGCCUCCAUGGGACUGGGACUCAUCAGCUUCCUCCUCCUACUGAUGGACUUGCUAUUCACGGGGCACCCCGGCUGUGGCCUCAGGCUGAGCACCUUCACCGCCAUCUUCUCCGUCUUGUCAGGCCUUCUGGGGAUGGUGGGCCAUAUGAUGUAGUCACAAGUCAUCCAAGCAACGGCCGACUUGGGUCCAGAACACUGGAGGCCCCAUGCUUGGAAUUACGGCCGGGCCUUUUACACGGCCUGGGUUUCCUUCACCUGCUGCAUGGCGUCAGCUGUCACCACCUUCAACACAUACACCCGGCUGGUGCUGGAGUUCAAGUGCAAGCACAGUAAAAGCUUCAGAGAGCCCCCGAGCUGCCUACUGCAUCACCACCUAUGUUUCCUCCAGGAGCUGGCGUACAGCCCACCCGAGGGGCCUUUGACCAGCCACCCCCAGUACCACCAUCAGCCCGUCCGCUCCGUCUCCGGAGGAGUGGACUUCUCCUCAGAGCUACACACAAGGAAUUUCAACACGGGACCAGCUGGGAGCCUCAGGGAGGCGGCCGGGUCAUCUGUAGAGGAAGAACAGUGUUGGGAGUUAUGGAUUUGCAGAGCAGGCUGA